AUGAUUUCAAAAGAAAAUGUUUCAUCUGAAUGGGUCAAUUUUACUAUCCCAAAAGAAAAUGAUACUCUAAGGGAGAAAAUAUUAAUAGACUUAAAUAAGAGUAAUGAUAACAUAAAUAAUGAAAAUAAAAAAAAUAUGAGUAUAAAUCAAAUACAUAAGUUUAUAAAUAAAUUAAAAAAUACAAAUGUAACAGAUUUAGAGAAAAGCGAUUUUAAAAAUUUACUAGAUGAUAUAAAAAAUUUAAAUAUAAGCAAAUAUUUAAGUGAAAUAUUAAACUACAUUUUUAACUUAACAUAUCAUGUAAAUAAAUACUCGGAUAUUUUUCUUCUCAUAAAUAUAAUUAAAUAUAUAAAUAAAAAUUAUAGCAAUGUUGAUGAACUUAUUGAAAACAUAGCAUUCACGAAAUUUUUUAAGUUAGAUGAAAAUGAUAAGAAUUAUUUUUUCAUCAUAUUUCAUGAUUUAUAUAAUAAUAUUGAUGAAAAUAAUAUGAUAAGCAAAAAUAUAAAUGUAGAAAACUGUCCUGACGAUAAAAACUCAAAUAAAGAAAAAUUACCUGAUUUAGUUGAUACUAAUAAUACAGAAAAUAAUAAUAAUGAUAAAAAAAAUAGAGAAAUAAAUAAUAUAAAAAAUUUAAAAGAAUUAAAGGAAUUAAAAGGCAAUCUCUUUAAAAAAUUGAAUUCUUACAUUUGUAAAGAUAAUCAAGAAAAUGAUAAUUAUUUAUUCGAAUAUGACCUAUUCGCUAGUGACAAAAAUAUAAAAUUUCAAAAAAAAAGUUCUGUUGAUAAAAAAGCUUAUAUGAUAGAGAUGUUAAAUGACAAUAAUCUUAUGAAAAAGAUAGAAAAAAAAAAUAAAUUAAGAAAAAUAUUGUUAUGUAUGUAUUUUGAAUUAAUUUUAUUUAAAAUAUGUAAAAAUAAAGAUUUAUUGUUAUAUAUGUUUUUAAACAUAACUUUUUUUUUUACAUUAAAAUUUGAUUUUCACAUUUCUUAUAAAGAUAAAAUAAAUAACAGUGAGAAAAAAGAAUUGAAUUAUCCUAAUAAUGCUGAUAUAUUGUCUAGAAUAAAAAAAUAUUUAAUUGUAAAUACAGUCAUUACUUUUGAUUACUUUUUUACGAAUACUAAUACAUUAUUUAUCGAUGAAAAUUUAAAAAAAAAAUCAGAAAAUGUAGAUAAAAAAGAAAAUUUAAAUAAAGAAGAAAAUGAUAUUGUACUAUCCAUUAAUAACAAUAACAGCGUAGUAGCAUCUUACGUAAAAUAUAUAAAUGAUAUAAAAGAUAAUGUUAUGAAAUUUUUUAAAGCAUUCUAUCAUUGCAGUAUGUACAAUUUAUUGAUAUACUUAUAUACCGAGCACGUUGUAAAUGAAUAUAGUAGUGAUAACAAAAAAAGUUCUUUAAAUGAAGAAUAUGAAUUUUUCAAAAUAUAUGAAAAAAGUAAAAAUUUUUGUAAAUUUUUCAAUGUAAACAAGUUUAGUCUGGAUGAAAUACAGAUAAAAGGAAUUGAUUUAUUGGGAUUAAAAGAAGAAAGCUUCAAUCAUAUAAAAAUUUUUGAUAAUAUAAAAAACAAAAAUGAAAAAGAGAAAGAAAUAAUAAUAGAUGAAUCAAAUACAGUUUGGAAUAAUGACGAAGAAAAAUCCUUUUAUACAAAUUUCCCAGAUUAUUCUAAUAUAAAUAUAUGUUUAAAUGAUGAUGAUUGUGAUGACGACGACAUUAAUUUAAAUUAUUCAAAUGAAAACAAUAUAAAUGACAUGCCUAAUAAUCAGCCUAAUAACAUUAACAAUGUAAAAAAAGACAGAGAAAUAGAUGAAAGGGCUGAAAAUAAGGUUACUAAUGAUAAUAGUAAAAAAGAAAAAUCAUCAGAGAAAAAAAUAGAGUCUAAACAUAUUAUUAGUGUUGAUAACAAGAAAAAUGUAAAAAAUAUUGUUUCUGGAAACAGCAAAGAAAAAAUGAAAGAAUUUAGUAACUAUCUUGAAAAAAUAAUUAAUAUGAACAAUGAAAAAGACGUAGAGGAUUUUGUAAUGAUAUUUUUAUUAAAUUAUAAUACAAAAAAAAAAAGAAAAAUAAUAGCUAACACUAUUAUUCACAUUAAUAAAAUAAGUUUAAACUUAAUUCCCUAUUAUUGUAGAUAUAUUGCUAUUAUAAAUAAAUAUGUAAAAGAUAUAUAUAUAACUAUUAUUGAUGAAUUAAAAAGGAUUACUGAAAAAAUAAUUAAAGAAAAGUUACCUUGCCAAAAUAAAAAAACUAAAUGCAUCAAAUAUGCUUGUGAACUAACAAAAUUUAAAUUAUUAGAUUUAUCUUAUAUAUUAGAUAUUAUAAAUUUAUUAAUUGAAAAUUUUACUUCUGAUCAUGCGGAGCUAUGUUUUUUUAUUUUAGAAAAUUGUUCUUUAUUAUUAUUAAAUAAUUCUAAAACACAUAUACGAUUUUUAAAUCUUUUACAAAAAUUAAAAAAAAUCAAAAAUUCCAAAAAUUUACCAUCUUCUUUAGAAUUAGUCUUUGAAGAAUGUUGCAUAAAAAUUGACAAUUUCAUUACAAGGAAUAAUAUAACAAAAAAAAAAAUUUCUAAAUACUCUGAGGAAGAUUUAAAAAAAAAAUACUUUUUAAAAAAAUUGCUAUUUCAAGAUAUUGAAAGUAUGGAUACGGAAAUUAUUUGUAAGUAUAUAAGAAAAUUUAACUGGAAUGAUAAAUUGAUUACUCAUUGUUUAAAGAAAUAUAUUUUUAAUUAUUUAAUGUAUAUGAGUAUAUAUCAAAUAAAUAACUUAGCUUCUUUAUUGUUUAAUUUAGCUAAGUAUAAGCCAUUUUUUGUAACUCAAAUAAUUGAUGAAUUAUAUGAGAGAAUUAUUACCAUACUUGAGAAUAAUGAUUUUAAAAAAUAUACAUUUUUAAUUCAAUAUACUCAUUUAUUUGCAGAGUUAUAUAAUUAUAAAAUAUUUAAUUCUUCCAAUGUUUUUGACUUGUUAUAUUUUUUAAUAUCAAUUGCUGAUAUAGAUAUAUUUAAUUCUCAUCAUAUUUCUUCUAUUUACAAAGUUUUUAAAGAUAAUAAAACUUUUAUUGAAUCUAUAAGAAGUAAUAUACCUAAUUUAAAUAAAAAAGAAAAUGGAAUAACGGCAGGAUUAGAAAGUAAAAAUAAUAAUAUAAAUAAUAAAAACGAUGUAAAUAGUAGAAAUUGUAACAAAUAUGGAAAAAAUACACACAAUUCUGAUAUUAAUAAAGAAGAAUUUUUUUCUUAUGAUGAUUAUGAUGAUAACUUUUAUAAAUUUUUGUUUAUAAAUAAGAGAAAUCCUAUAUUUUAUCAUAUUUUCCAUGAUGUAGAAAAUAACAGUUUUAUUAAUAUCAAAAUGAUAUGUAUCAUAAUAGAAAGUUGUUCAAGAUAUUUUCAUACUCCCUUAUUAAGUUUUAAGUUAAAUAAAUUUUUUUUAUUUUUUCUACGAUUUUUAUUAUUAUUAGAGCCAUUACCUAUUUAUAUUAAAAACAUAACAGAUAAUAUAAUUGAGAAAAAUUCUGAGGAAAUGAAAAAUUUGAAAACAAUUAAAGAUAUUGAUAAAUAUUUGUUUAAAAUACUAAAUGCUGAAUAUAAAAUACAUUUAAAUCAAAUAAAUAAAAAUAGUAAAUAUUCUAUUAUGGAUAGUGACUUAUCAUUUUCUAUAGAAAAGUGUAAUAAAACCAAAGGCUUAACAUAUAAUAAUGAUUGUGUAAAAGCAAACAAAAACAUUAGCAAUAAUGAAGAAGAAUAUGAUAAAAUGAACGAUUUGACAAAACAAGAAAAAAGAAAUACUUCAUCCAUUUAUGAAAAUAAAAAUAAUAAAAAUUACAACAGUAAAGAAAGGAAAGCAAGAAAUAACAAUUCUUCAAAAUUAAGAAGUAAAAAAGAGUUGUCUAAUUUAUUAGAAAAUGAUGAUAUAGAGUAUUUUAAUUCAUCAAGUGAUGAAAACAGUAGAAAGGUUAAAACAAUGGAAAAUGAAUUAGACGAAGAAAUUAAUGAAAUAAUUAAUGCAUCAAUAAAAGAAAAUAGAUUGUCAAAAAAUAAAGUAGAGCCUGUAAAUUUUAAGAAUUUUACCAUAUAUAGUAAUUUGUUAAAUAAAAAAAAUUCAAAAAAUAAAGACUCCGAAAAAAAUGUUCCCAUAAUCAUUUAUAAAAAAGAGAAAAAAAAAUAA